AUGGCACCGCUGCUGCCGCUCGAGCUGCUCGCACUCCAGCUAGAGUCGUUUGAUCUUGCGCAGAGUCUCUUUCCCUUGCCAGGCGAACUCGAACUGGAGGAGGAGACAGCCGUGAUCCUCCCGUCGCUCCGGAGAUGGAUUACAGAGGGUCACACACCCUACGGCGGAGACAUGGAGGUUGGGAGGGACGAUGUACUGCCUACGAACGACAUCGCGUUCACCGUGACCCUCGAAGUGACGAGUGCCGCCAACCCUGCCUCGAUCCACACCCUCGUCCUCGCGAUCCGCCUCCCUCUCACGAAACCGCUCGACUUUGCGCAUACCCUCGCCGACGGAUCACCUGCAGCGACGAUUCGAUUACAGCAGCCCCCGUGGAUGUCACGAACAACGCACGACGGACUCGCUGCUUCCCUUCCUUCCUGCAACCCUUCGACCUUUACGUCCAACACCGACCUGCUCCUCCAUACAAUCGACUUUCUUCGAGACAAAGUCGCCAGCGUGAUACCCCUCUCGUCGGAACCGACACCGACAGAUACCCCGACGAAGGCGGACGAGCCAGAGUUCCGCGUGUGGUUGUGGUUCCCGUCGCUCUCGACGCGGGAAAAGCGAGACGACAUCGUCAACUGGGCGCCCGAGUACGGCUUGACGGGGUUCGUGUUGGCGGGCAAGCCGGCCUUGCUCUGCCUCGAAGGGACGGAGAGCAACGUGCAGACCUACCUGGCGGAGAUCAAGGCCAAGAGCUGGGCCGACAUUCCCUCCUUCCAGAAGAAGAUCUCCGAACGCUACCGCACACCUCUCCUCCCCUCUUCCACUCCCUCCACCGACCCAACAGCCCACCGCAUCUUCACCACAAUGGACGAGAUCACCUCGCUCAUCCCUCGUACAGGGCAGCGCGGAAACCGGGGAGAGAUGGGCGAGGUGAGGGAUUUCUUGGAGACGAAGGGCUUGGGCGAGGCGUUUGGGUUGGUGAUUGGGGGUGGCCAGUUUUGA